GCACAGCCUUACCAUCAAGCUUGACACAUGGAGAAACUCAACUCUACUGUGGCCGCCCCUAACAUCUCUUCUUCUCCAGGACAUCUACUUCAUGCCUCCUGGGAUUCCAGUGGUCUGGUACCUGCACUGGUGCUGACAUUCUGCUUCCUGCUGGGAAUACCUGGAAACAUUGCAGUGAUCAUUCUCAGGCCGAACUGGGAGCACCUCUCUGGUCUUAGCCAGAGUUUGAUGCUAAAUCUGACCGUGUCAGACCUGCUCUGUCUGCUGACCCUUCCACUGUGGAUUUAUGCUUUACUCUAUGGUUGGACCUUGGGCCUGAUGGCCUGUAAGUUCCUGGCAUUCCUGGUGUACUGCAGCGUUUAUGGAAGCGUGUUGACUGUGACUGGAGUGAGUGUCCAGCGCUACUUACUGGUGGUAAAAGUAAGAAUCAGAAUGCUACUGGUUCUGCUCUGGCUGUUAGCAAUGUUGCUAUCCAUCCCUGCCUUGGUGGUUCGACAGCUGACCACAGAUCAGCAACAAACACGAUGCCAACCUCAGUACUCCUCUGAGGUCCAGCGUGUGGCUGUCCUACUGAAAGACACCCUUGUAGGGUUUGUUUCUUUUUGUCUCGUGGCAUUUUCAUACAAACAGCUGCAUUGGAAGGUAAAUCAAACAGCCUUUUUCAACAACCCUCAAACAACCAGACUGGUUACCAGCAUCAUCAUGAGCUUUUUUAUCUUAUGGGUUCCAUAUCACACUACAAAUGUGCUGGGUUUAGCAGCUAUUUCUCUCAAGAAUGAGAAACUCUUAAAGUUUUGUACAGACACAGGAAGCAUGGUUGAAGCAGUAACCUUUGUGAAUAGCUGUCUGAAUCCACUCCUUUAUGCUUUUACUUCUCCUGUUUGCAACAUCAUGUGCCAAAAACCAAAACCACGGAUGAACAUUCAAAAUCCCCAAACAGAAGAUUCAAUUUCACAUACUUGAUAAAAACAUGCAUAUCAAUCAUUUUACCCACUGGCUGGGGGAAAAGAUUUUUACGUCAGAUUUGAUCUCUUCUGUUGACACAGGCAGGAUGUUGGACUCAGCUUGCAUCAAACUGUAGGUUAAUGGUAAAUUUUCAAGUUUGCAACAUUUAUUUUUAAAUCCGCAUGAAAGCAACAUUUCCUCAGUUUCAUCUUUUAAAGUAUAAAUUUGUGGGAAAUUAAUCAAGAAAAAAAGCAAGGGAAUACAUUUAACCUUAUGCGCAUCAAUGAAAUUUUUUUUAUGUAUAUAUGUAAGAAUAUUAUGUGUUUGCUUCUAUGUGGGAAAUCUGGUCAGAGGAAAGUACAAUUAGUGAAAGAAAUUUAUGUUUGCAAUUAAAUUUACUGAUGAUCAUGUCUUUAAUGUCAAGUAUGAAAGAAAAUCUGAACAUACAUGAAGAGGUAAAUAUAUAAAUAAGGGACAGAUAGAAUCUACUGCAUUGUAUUGCCAUCAGAUGUAUAAAUUAAUUGAGUUACCAUCUGUCUGUUCCUUUUUUUCUUUUGUCUGCAAUGUCUACAUGUUCCCAGAACGAGUAUUGUGGCUCUUAUUCUGUGUAUAUUUUUAAACAGCAAUAAACUUUUUUUUUUACUUUUUUUUCUCUCGUGUGUUCAGUUUGUCUAUGUGAAACAGGAAUAUAAAUAAUCACAACCACAAGUUCUGCAUUGUAAAUCUGACUUUUGCCACACAUUCUGAAAAAAUGGGCUUGUUCUCUUUAUUUAGGAGUUAGAUGAGAAGAGUGACAGCACUGAUGUGAAUGUAAAGCUAGCACCUGUCUGUCUUAAUUUAGUCUAAAGGCUGGAAAUAGAAGAAACGCUCACUGGCUACUAGGUGAAUUUGCUGAGUUAUACUUUUUCAUGCCCUGGUCCACAGCAGCUGUUAUACUCAGGUA